AUGACAUGGAAAUCUAUCUUAAAAUCAACGAUUUCGGAAAAUUUGAAAAUUUCUGAUACAAUGCAACCAAUGCAGCUUGCGACUUUUAAUACGACAAUGCGAAAACCCGCAAAUCGUAGCGUUAUCUUUCGAGGAUUUAUUAAAGAUGAUGAAAAUUCUUUUGAAUCAGACUUAUUUUGUAUAACAACAGAUAUACGUUCCGGUAAAGUGGAUCAAUUAUCAAAAAACUCCGCAUUCGAAAUCUGUUGGUGGUUUUCUAAAUCACGGGAACAAUUUCGUAUGGCAGGAAACGCAUACGUGCUGUCAUUAUCAUUUUACUCCAAAUUUCCUUUCACUAAACUUUCUUCAUAUUUUCCUCCUACAUGCAAUUUUGAUUGGAAUAAAGAAUUAAGGUCUCAAUUUGAAAAAAUUUCCGAUGAAUUACGCGCAAAUUUAACUUAUCCUACUCCCGGUUCACCACUUCAAAAUGAAAAUUUCAUUAAAAAACUUGGAGUCAUUGGUAAGAAUGAUAGAGACAAUGAAUUAAUUCAAAAAUCUUUUGAAAAUUUUGCCUUAGUUAUUUUUGAAGUUGAAGAAGUUGAUCGUGUCGAAUUAGCAAUUGAUCCUCAUAAAAGAACCAAUUGGAAAUUAAAUAAUCAAACUGGUGAAUGGACUGAACAAAGAGUUCACCCUUAA